CCGCGGCCAACUGACGGUCGUGUCAGUCAGUCGGUUGAUGGUGCUGCUGCCGCUGAGCAUAAGGGAAAAAAACGGGCGAAAAGAUUUGGAAAUUGACGCCUCGAAGAGAAUUAACUCCUAAAUUAAACGACAGCAGGCCCCACACACUGAGUGUUACUUCGGGCAGCAGCGAUGUCGGGCUCCUACGACGAAUCCAUGAUCGAUGUCUCCAGUGACAGCUUCUGGGAGGUCGGCAAUUACAAACGAUCGGUGAAACGGGUGGACGACGGCAAUCGGCUCUGUAACGACCUGAUGAGCUGUCUUCACGAACGUGCGCGUAUUGAAAAGUCGUACGCGCAGCAGCUCACAGAAUGGGGAAAGCGCUGGCGGCAACUCAUAGAAAAAGGCCCUCAGUAUGGCACGUUGGAGCAGGCGUGCUCCGCUCUGUGCACAGAGGCGGAGAAGGUGAGCGAGCUCCACAUGGAGGUGAAAUCGGCGCUGAUGGGAGAAGACUACGAGAAGCUGAAGAACUGGCAGAGGGACUCCUACCACAAGCAGAUGAUCGGCGGCUACAAGGAGACCAAAGAGGCCGAAGACGGCUUCCGCAAGGCUCAGAAACCCUGGGCAAAGAAACUCAAAGAGAUGGAGAUAAUGAAGAAGUCUUACCACUCUGCCUGUAAAGAAGAGAAGCUGGCAGCCAGCAGGGAGAACAACAGCAAACUGGAGAGCAACAACAACCCCGAAGCCCAAAAGAAGCUCCAGGAAAAGGUGGAGAAGUGUCAGCAGGAGGCGCAGAAGACUAAAGAGCGCUAUCAGAAAUCCCUGGAGGAACUGGACAAGCUGACCCCUCAGUACAUGGAGAACAUGGAGCAGGUGUUUGAGCAGUGGCAGCAGUUUGAAGACAAACGCAUCUGCUUCUUCCGAGAGCUGCUGCUGGAGGUCAAACAGCACCUGGAUCUCUCAUCCAAUCACAGAUUCCAGACAAUCUACCACACGCUGGAAGACACAGUCUCCGCUACUGAUGUGGAAGACGACUUGAAAUGGUUCCGGUCCAAUCACGGCCCCGGCAUGCCAAUGAACUGGCCCCAGUUUGAGGACUGGUCCAUAGACCUGAACCGAACCCUCAGCAGACGAGAAAAGAAAAAGCCCUCGGAGGGCGUCACACUGACGGGCAUCAGUCAAACUGGGUCAGACCAGCCUGUCCAGCCUGCCAAGACCAGCAACAGCCUGACUGUGCCCACUAACGCAGCGCCAGUGGGCGCAAACCCUUUUGAUGAAGAUGAGGUGGAGGAUGAGAAGGAGGAGGAGGAGGAGACGGCCGUGGAGCAGCAGACCACAGUCAACCACAUCAGUGUGAAUAAAGAGGAGAUAAAAACUGCGAGCAGUACGGAGAAGACUCCGGACUGGUCAGAUGAGGACACGGGUGCUAACCCCUUCUCCACCAACGGCGACGGGAAUCCAUUCGAAGACGAGCCGGCUGCUCCGGUCGUAUCGGUGGCCGUGAAGGCGCUCUACGACUACGAAGGGCAGGAGCAGGAUGAGCUGACCUUCAAAGCAGGGGAAGAAUUAACCAAAAUUGGAGAAGAAGAUGAUCAGGGUUGGUGCAGAGGCCGGCUUAAGGAUGGAAAAACAGGCCUCUAUCCAGCCAACUACGUGGAAGACAUCCAGUAAUGCCACGAUUUCUCAAAUGUGAAGAAAGAAGUCAACGGUGCGGCUGGGAGCGAGAACACGCCGCCGCCUUAUUUUAAACGCCUUCUCCCCCUCCCCCCCCGUCGGUGUUUGGAGGAAGGUCGGAGAAGAGAUUAUUAAAAAAAGGACCACUUGAGAUGUUACUCGCCGCAGACUGACAGUACGCAGAUGGAAAUGAAACAACAAGUUUCCAGGUCGAAGAAGAUCACAGAGAGAAAAAUGAAUUGCUGUCCGUGUAAGAUACGUUGUGUUACUUAGAAUCCCAUUUACGCUGUUACAGAAAUAAUAGCCUUUCAAUUAUAUAUAUAUAUAUAUAUAUAUAUAUAUAUAUAAAUAUAUAAAUAAAUGUAUGUAUGUGUAUAUUGUUUAAACGAAACACUGGGAUGACACUCUGACAAAUCGUCUUGCGCGCCACUAUGGAUUGUUUAAGGGAGAUGACCCUUUUAUAAACAUGAUUAUUAUCUUUUUUUUUUUAAGGUUUGAACCCAUUUCUUCCUGCUAGGAUCCAGUCCAUAACUGUUAAUUGUUCAAUAUUCCUUUGACAAAGCGGGGCCCCUUGUGUUGAGAUUAGUGCGAUGGGUUUGACCUGUGUUUUAAAAAAUAUAUUUUGCUUAAAUUGUUCAUUCCUUUCAGGGUUCUGCGUUCUCCAUUCAGUUCAUCGACUGUUGUGGUUAUUUUAUAAGGAAUGAUCAAAUCAAUUAGAGCAUUUUCUUCAUUUGGUUCACGGUGGGUUGGUUCCUCUAGUCGUUGCAAUUGAAUGUACAUUCACUGAUUGUAUUUUAUCACUUUUGAUUGUUCUGUUUUUGAUGAUUUUUUUUUUUCUUGUACUGAUCCAUUAACCCCCGGAACAAAGUGCCCUGAAGCUCUUCACGAAAAGAAAAAAAGAUUUAAAAACAGCUCUGUACUUUCUGUUGAUUGUAGAUUGUAAAACUAUAUGAGUUAUUUUUCAUCCAACACUGAAAGUUUAUCACACUUGAAUCUCCAUGUUGUAAUUUCUCUCGCUUCUUGUUAAAUGUCAAGUUAUAGGAGACAUUUUUUUAUGUUUUUUUUUUUUGGGGGGGGGGGAAUAUAUAACAAUUUAUAGCAAUAAAAUCACGGCCAAGUAUGGCAUUGCAUACAUGCAUGUAAAUAGCCUGGAUGAGAAAUAUUAGAACAAAUUAAGCAUCGAUAUCAGAUGAUAUGUAGUUUGAAAUUGAUUGUUAAUUUAUGAUGCCACAAGUGCUUUUGUUCUACUCUCGUUAGAAUGCUGUGACAGAGAUAUUUUAUGUCAAAUAUCCCUUGAUAUAUUUGUAAAUAUGACUAUUUUUCCCCAUCACAGAGGGCCAUAUUCAUUGAAUUAAUCAACAAAUAUGUGAAUAACUGUUACUUUUUCCCUUCUGAGCUAUGCUAUGAACGGAUCUACCUGUUUUAAUUACCUGAAUACAUAUGUUUGGAUCAUCGAG